CAAGCUCGCGGGCUCCCCACUUCCCCGCAAGGGUCGCGGGGUGCCAGCGUCGGGCCGAGGUCCUCGUCGCGCCUGGGUCUCGCUCUCAGUUCGCCGUGGACGGACGGCCCGAGGAGGUCGAGAGCCACAGGGAAGAUGGAGAAGUCACCAUCGCCAUUGCCGGAAAGAGCGAUUUACGGCUUUGUGCUUUUCCUGAGCUCGCAGUUUGGCUUCAUACUUUACCUUGUGUGGGCUUUCCUUCCAGAAUCCUGGCUGUGCUCCUUCGGCUUAACCUACUGGCCUCAAAAAUACUGGGCUGUCGCACUGCCAGUCUACUUACUUAUUGCCGUGGUCAUCGCUUACGUGCUCCUGUUUGCAAUCAACAUGAUGAGUACCUCUCCACUCAGCUCCACUCACACGAUCACGGAUAGCUACGCUAAAAACCAGCUGCAGAAGGAUUACCAAGAAGACUCCGUCCCAGCACUUAGGGAUAUUCCAAUUACUGAAGUAAAUCACAUGUUUUUUCUUGGAGACAAAACUUUACACCAAAACCCGACCUGAACUGUAUGCAGACAUACUAACAUCAAGCAUUUAUUUAUGUUUUUGACAACAAUUUUAAUCAUAAUUAUAUUGACUCGCUUUUAUUAGUACCAAGUACUGAAGUGUAAAAAGUGAAAGUUGAUCUCUUUAAUAAAAAAAGUUCAACUGAAUAUUGUUUAAAAGAAAAAGGUGCUGUCAAGUUUGGAAAAAGCUGGCCUGGUAAACUGUUGAAUUGCCACUGUACUGAAAUUAACAGCCAUGCUGGUCUAAAAAAUGUUAAAUGUUUUCCAUUUGUACAGGGUUAACAUACUGUAUUAAUUAUGUAAGGUCUUAUCUAUGUGAGUUCAGUUACCGAAACCAAUAAAGUAUUCUCUAAUGACAAUAA